UACUCGAUUAUCCUACCGUACUCUAUUUCUGUUCUGUAUUCCAUUACAGAAAGAAAUCAUAUCGUCCUGUUUUACUCUGUUGGUAAAGCAAUAGUUGUUGUUAACAAUUAUCUAACUCGAGUUUAACAUAAACUCACCGUCAACUUUCUAAACCGACGUCACUUUUUGCCUUUGUGGCCCCAAACCUUCCGCUACCGCUCCCGUUACAGCCCCUACAGUAGAGCGCUCUUCGCCAAAAGUCGCCCGCGCUCUUCUAUCCGCCUGCCAGACCAUUUACACCGCUGGUCGUUGGGCAGAGCUGCACCGCAGCGAAACAGAGUUAACGUCGAAAAAUCGCAAAUAAUCGCAACAUCGAGACGACGUCGGCGUCGUUCUUCUCCUCUUCUCUAUUUUCUCUUUUUGUUGUGUAGGCGAUCGUAAACAAUACAAACCGACGCCAUGCCUUUGCACCAGCGCACCUCUGCUAGCCCUACCAAGAGGAGCAGCUCCUCUGUCAGGAGCUCAUCCUCGGUUAGAAGCACUACAUCUUCAUCCUCCUCCUCUAAUAAUAAGUCAAGGGCCUUGACUGUUCAAGACCAUGAUUACGAGUAUCAAUUCGAUAUGGAAUCCGAGCUCCGCGACGAUCUCCAAAAGGCAAACACAGAACUUAACAAGGCCAAUGCCGAAAACGAUAAACUCAGCGAUCAGAACGAUAAGCUCAAGGCCACCAUUGAGCAGCUUACCCGCAAGCUGAACGAGUCCAAGACAUCACUCGAAGAAACCACUCGCAAGCUGAACGAGUCCACCAUCUCAUGCCGUGAACUCAAGGCCCAAGUUGAGGGUGCCCGAUCCGAGGCUGAUGUCCUCCGAGAAGACAACCGUCGCCUCAACAACGACUUCGAGGAACUCAAGGGUGACAAGCGCCGCCUCAACAGCGAGUGCGACGAGCUCAAGGAGGUAAAGGAAUCUCUUGAAAAGGAGAAUGAGCGCGUCAAGUUCGAGCAUCACGACCUUGAGCAGCGCUUCAUCGGUCUCCAGGCCAAGCAUGAGAACCUCACCAUGCGCCACAACGCUGUGAGUAGCCAGGUUACCUCGUCUGCCCUGACAAGCCCCAUGACGAGCCCCAUGCCGAGCCCCCUUCCUGCCCCUCUCCCCGAGGCCCGCAAGAACCCUUCUCGUCCUUCUAGCAAGGCUUCUAGCAAGGCUUCCAGCAAGGUUUCCAGCAAGUCUGUAACCAAGAGAGAGCCCCGUGAGGACCGCCACCGUGAACAAGAGGAUCGCCAUCAGUCUGAACGUGAAGAGAACCCUCGCGAUGAGCAACCUCGUGAGCGACGCCAUCGUGAGGAUCGCGAACGUCGUACCCACGACCGCGACGAUCGAGGUCGUCAGCGCAGCGAAAAGCCCAAGGACAAGGAUAGAUUUGAGGCCAAGGAACGUUUGUCGAAGCGGUUUGAUGAGCGACCCUCCGUGGCACCUCGUCAGACCAGCUUCAUCGAGCCAUGGGGCCCCGGAGGUUGGUCUCCUCGCUAUGAAGCUCCCCCCAGCGACCUUGACGCUUACGGUCAAAUGACAUUAGGACGCAAGGCUGCCAGUGUUGUGUCUAGCGGGGCGUACUCCAAUGUCCCUCGCACGACCAGCAUUGUCAAUGGUCACUUCAGCAGUGACAGCAGCGCAUACGAUGAUGAGCGGUAUGAGGAUGGUUCUUACCAUCCCUACCCCAUCCCCAACUAAUUAUCGUUUCCUCUUGUUUGAUCUGCCGUCCUGAGUACUGCUCAGAAGAACGGGGCACAGAUCAAAACAAGAUGCUCAUGAGGGCCUUGUUGCGGUUCACAUGCGCACACUCCCUCCUUGAGACGCCCCC